UUGGCAAACUUAUUAAUACAUUCAAAAAGACUGGAAGUGUUGCAGACCGACAGAGAAGUGGACGUCCAGGAACACCCACUGACGAAGGCAUAACCGACCUUGUGCUGAGUACAUAGUCCCCUAUGUAUGUUCAAAAACUGUUUUUACACUUCACUAAUCUGUAUACUACAUGUGAUACCAUAUGUAUCACAUGAAUGUAAUACAAUAAAUAUGAUAUAAAUGUAAUCUUCACUGUUAAAUUCCAUUACAGGAGAGUUAUUAGUUGUUCUAACUGCUUUGAAUAAAUGUCAUAGGCCAAAAUCAAUGCUCAUUUUAAUUGCUGUUUUACUAAGCAAUUUAGGUUUAAUUAUCUAGAAAAUAACACACUACUGAGUUACAUCCACAAAAAAUACAUCAAUAUCUUCAUUAAAUAAACAUUUCUAUCUUUUUCUUUUGUUUAUGUGUGAACACAUCUAUAUGAAAUGUGAAUGAUGUGUUUUCAAAUGAUGCAUUUUUAAGCACAUUUGUGUAGUAGCACCAAUGAAAACUUUAUGAAUGUGCAUCUAAACAUUCAUAACUUCCUUAUGAAUGUGACUGUGUUGUGCAUUGGGAUUAUGUCAUUAUGUUGUGCAGAAAAUAUGAUAUUUCUCACAUGAUAAUGACUUAAAUGUCUUGAGUUUACAAGAAUUGAUAGUGAAGUAAGGGGGAGGGGGAGGUUGCUAGGUGCUGGAGGUAUUGUUUUUUGAAUAUUAGAAUAUUUUUUGAAUAUUUACAACUUCUGACGUAUUCCAACUCACAACUCGCCUGCGAUCGGAUCCUUUCAGCAAACCUCGCAUCUCUUGAGCAAAUCUUUACAUUUCUGAACAUCUCUAUUCACCUUUUUAACAUCUUUACCACUAAUCUGAGCAUUUUCCUGCACGAAUGUCAUCUUCUGAAGAAAUGCCACUUUUCUCCAUCUGGGAUUCCAUCUGGGAUUCCAGCUCUGGACCGCGGGUUGAGGCUGGUGACCUGCGACACCUUGUCCCGGCCCCCCAUGUGUACCACCAGGAGCAGCACUUUACUCCCAGCACUCAGGGCCAGGUUUAUACCAACCUGCCUGACCAGCCGGAUUACGCAAGCUGGGAUUCGUCCAACUCUGGACCGUGGGUUGAGACUGGUGACUUCCAGCACCUUGUCCCUGCCCCCCACGUUUACCACCAGGAAGAGCAGUUCACCCCAAGCACUCAGGGCCAGGUGUAUUACAUCCUGCCUGCCCAGCCGUAUUAUGCAAGCUGGGAUUCGUCCAACUCUGGACCGUGGGUUGAGGCUGGUGAUGUCCAACACGUUGUCCCUGACUCCCACUUUUACCACCUGGAACAGCAGUUCGCCCCCAGCACUCAAGGCCAGGUGUAUUACAUCCUGCCUGCUCAGGUGUAUUACCCCAGCUGGGACACUAUUUCCUGCUCUGGACCGUUGGUUGAAGCUGGUGACCUGCCACACCCUAUCCCAUCCUCCCACGUGUACCACCAGGAGCAGAUAUUCACUCCCAGCGCUCAGGGCCAGCAGAUAGAGCUUCCAGGGAUGGCUGGACUGUCAGAGGACCAAUAUUGCACCUUCAUGCCUGCUGGAGAGUAUCCUGUUGAUGGAUUGUACGGCCCUGCUGAUAUUCCUCCUGUACAAGAACAAGUCCUUCCUCCUCUGGACAAGCAGGAGCACACACUGAAUAUCUGGGGACCUAGUAGAAGACAUCAGGGCCACAGAUCCACAGAUCCAAGUCCCUAAUGAAGGAAUUAAAUAUAGAUCUACAUCGUCAAAACAAAGCUUCCAAGAUUUAUCAUGCUUACAAUACUUGCACAUCACACACAACACUGUUGCCCAACUUAUAACCAAAUUCAAAUAGACUGCGGACCAACCGAGAAGUGGACAUCCACGAACAUCCACCAGCGAAGGCACAACCGACGUGGUGCUGGCGUACAUAGUCCCUUAUGUAUGGAGACUUUUGGAACAACCUGUAUAUUCCCCAAAGAAAAAUAAUUUACUACAAAUCAACGACAGACAAACAAACAAACAAAAAAUAACAAUAAAAUCUGGAUUAAAAAACCUCUGGUGUUUCUAAUGUUUUUUUUUUUUUAUGUUUUCUGAAACACUAUCCCAGAGGUUAAGAUAAUUCUUUAUUGUCUGAAUUGUGGGUAAUCAGGAUGAACAGUGCCUCAGAUGAGUGAAGCACUCAGAAUGGACCAGGAUGCUUCAAGACAUCAGAAAAAUCUUUGAAGCAAAACAAUUUGGAUCUUUAUAGUCUUUUUUAUACUUUGUAGUCAAGCCAAACUUAAAAGGCAAAUGUAAUGUGUUUUAGUUCAUGUAAAUGUUGUACUUUCUUUUCUUGGUAAGGAAGGUGAACUAGACAAACUAGGUGAAUGUUACAUAUGAAUAGUUUAAUCUAGACAUUUUAAAAUUGGGAAUUUAAAGUAACACCAAUAGACACCAAAACUGAUAUUCUUUUUUUUUUUUCUCAGAUGAAUGGUAUUUAUAUUUAAUACCUAUUUUAAAAGGAACCUGUGCAUUUCAUUUGUAGCUUGAGCUGUAGUACACACUAUACGAAAAUGAUAAUUGAAUGACUGAGAAGAAAUUUUACAGUGAAAUAGCUUUUGUAUUUUCAGUCUUCCUUUUUGACUUGGCCAAAAGACAGCUCACUUGUGUGAAAAACAUGAUCCAGUGAAUUGAAACAUUCCCACUACAUGGGAUGCUAGAUUUCCAGAUUAAAAUGGAUUUUGUCAGACUAAGAAAGUCUUGAACAAAACCUGAAGUAACUUCAGUUGGUAAACUUGGUGACCCACAGAUGCCUAAUGGCUAGUAUAGUGAACAAGACAAUCUAAAAUUCUUUAUUGAGAACUUUGUUUACAAUUCCAAUAUGCUGAGUAUAAUUUGAUAUUCAUUGCAGAAACUGAACUGGAUUUGUACUGGUAUUGUAUUGUAUUGGUAUUACAAAAUAUGUUUUGAUAUGUACAAACACCAAACACCAACCCUGGUCCAAGAUUCUACAGGAAUACUUCUUUGGAUAAUUAGGGGCUCCUUGCUUCCUGAAGUGGUUCUACUGGAAUUGCCUAUGAGUUUAAUAAAGUAUUAUCUUAUCUUGUCUACUUAGAACCUGCUAUGAUAGUGAAGCAAUCUAGUUUCGACACAAGGUUCUACACAACCUUUUAGGCUUUCCACACAGGGACAGACUGAAGCAACCUUUAAAGUUCUGGAUUAAAAAAGUACAGUUGCGUAGUAGAAAUAGUAUUAAUAGAUGCAGGCAGAUUCCUUCCCCAGGUGAUGUUUUUCUAGUAUUCAACUGUCCAGUUUGGGUGAGUCUAUGCCCACUGUAGACUCAGGUUCCUGUUCUUGGCUGAUAGGAGUGGAACCUUCUGCUGUUGUAGCCAAUCAGCCUCAAGGGUUGAUGUAUUGUACAUUCUGAUAUGCAUUUCUGCACACAGUGGUUGUAAAGAGUGUUUUUUUUAGUUACCGUAGCCUCCUGUCAGCGUGAACCAUAUUCCUCUGACCUCUUUCAUCAAUAAAGUGUUACUCUCCACAGAACUACCACUCACUGAUUUUUGUUUCUCAUCCUUGUAUGCAAACUCAUGAAAUCUGAAAAUGUAUCUGAAAAUCACAGGAAAUCAGCAGUUUCGGAAAUACUCAUACCAGCCCAUCUGGCAUCAACAAACUUGCCACGGUCAAAGUUACUGAAAUCACAUAUUUUUCCAAAUUCUAAUGUUUGAUGAACAUUAACCGAAGCUCUUGACCUGUAUCUGCAUGAUUUUAUGCAUUGUGAACCAAAUGACUGACUGAUUGGAUAAUUGCAAUGACAAGCAGGGAUACUGGUGUUCAUAUUUAAGUAAUUGAUGACUGUGUGUGUAUAUAUAUGGCUAUAGAAGGCGUAUAGGGUAGGGUUAAUAUGUUCCAUGCUAGAGGUGAACAAAACACAGUUUCUGUGAAUCAUACUGACAUGACUUAUGCAAUGCACAUAUAGAAAGAGGAACCUUUUGGGCACCAUGGAGCCCCAGAGCUAACAGUACCAAAUGGAAUUUCAUAUGGCUCACCAAUCUCUCAUAAAGCCCAGAUUUGUGGAGUGAUUUUAAAGAAUUAGAGUGUUUCUGCAAUUCUCUGUUCCUGUAGGGAACUCUGUAUGGAAUGGGUUAGCUCAAUUGGUUAGCGCACGGUCCUAACAAUGUGAAGGUCGUAGGUUUGAGCUACAUACUUGCCACUAAAAAUGAUCCAUUGUGAUGUCAUGUUAGCCUGAAACAAAUUUCCCACAAAAACAACUGUGUGUUAUACAGGAUAUUAUGGAGAUUUCCUUGAUUGAAAGCACUGCAGCCUGUUGUAGCUGUAUUCAUGUAACUACCUGAAGCCCCAUUUUCAAAAUGUGCCAUAGAUUGUCAAUUGGAUUCAGGUCUGCACAUUUAUUGGGACAUUCUAAAACAUUCAAACUGGAUUUGCCAGUAUGCUUCUUCUCCAUGUCCCCCAAAACUCUGACCAGUUUCCCAUUCUCUGCUGAUGAAAGCAUCCUUACAACAUGAUUCCACCACAACGCUUCACUGUGAGAAUGGUGUUCUCUAGAUGAAGAUCAGUGAUGGUUUCCACCAAAUGGAGUGCUUUGUACUAAGGGUCAUUGGUUUCAUUCAACCUGAGAACCUUUUUCCACAUUUGGUGAGUUUCCAGCAUCCCUUUCUCCAAACUCCCAAUGGGAUUUAAUAUGGCUCACCAAUCUCUCAUAAGUCCCAGCUUUGUGGAGUAUCCAGGCUAUGGUUGUCCAACAUCUCUAAUCUGAGUUGCAGAUCGCUCAAGCUGCUUGAGAAUUAAACUUUAAUGCUUGUUUGCUUCCCUGACUAA